GGAGAAACCAAGUCGGUCGCUCUGCCGAUCUUUCCUUGCUCACACACCCUUGUCCUUUGUGCUUCUUACGUCAACCACUGAGCUUUGGGGACCGUCAAAUUAUGUUGACAUGUUUUCUUUUGUUCUGAGCUUGAAGCGAAUCCUCGAAAGAUCCGGAAAUCUCAUUAAGAAUCAGCAAGUCGCCACGCUGCUCUUUAAUUGAAGUUCAUUGUUCCCGCCAGGCACUUCCUGAGGACUCGGAACUAGUAGUCGCCGAAACCCCCUAGUAUUCCGUGAUCGAUCAGUUGACUCACCGACACUCAUUGGCCAUUGAAGAUGGGAACUCCGUUCAUUAAUCGCCUCGAGCCUAGCAACCUCGAUGGCUACGACCGCCUGAAGCCGCAUGACCAGCAAGACCCCUCGGUGCCCCGCACGUUCAUGGACGCAAUGGAGGUGCGGGAGGCCGUCUUCGUGGAGGAGCAGGGCGUCCCUCUGGAGUUUGAGAAGGACAAGGACGACCCCCGGUCCAUCCACUGGGUGAUCUACGCCAGCUCCCGACGGGUCGUGGAGCCGGAAGUCAAAGACCCGGAGACGGGCGAGCAGAUCCAGCCGCGGCGGUCGGAGACGCGUUCCGUGCCCAUCGGAACGCUGCGCGUCGUCCCCUUCCCGCACCCGCCGCACCCUCAACCUGGCGGCCGCUACGUCGACAACGUGCUCCAGAACGAGGAGGUCAGCACGCUCACUCCUAAGCAGGAGGACCGCCUGACCUCGCGCCUGCCGUACGGGAUCGACCCGCCCACCACCCACCACGACGGCAAGGAGGCGUACGUCAAGGUCGGCCGGCUCGCUGUCGUCAAGGAGUACCGCGGCCAUCACAUCGCCGGCCAGCUCUGGGCCGCCGCUCGCGACUGGCUUGUCGACCACCCGCACUUCUUCAACCCCUCCGUCAGCGAGCUGGGUCUGGACGCCCUGAGGGCCGAGAACGGCGGCGAAGUCCCGCGGUGGAACGGGCUCGUCUGCGUCCAUGCCCAGGAGACGGUCGCGCCGCUCUGGAGAAAGUGGGGCUUUCAGGAAGACGACGCGAUGGGCAAGUGGUGGGAGGAGGGGAUUCCUCAUGUCGGCAUGUUCCAGCGACUACCGGUCCGCAGUGGUACUGUCGCCAGUGUUUGAGGCGCAGCCGAAUUCCUUCAGCUCUUGCGAUAUUUCGACGAUCGCUCGGGAUGGCUGUCUCCCGACCAUCGGUAGACGGCUUAUAUUCUACUCCGAUUUGUAAAUUAUAAUUUGUAUAUAUUUAUUAGUAUAAUAAAUAUCAUAUCGAUUCGGUGCUU